CAGGACAGAAUAUAAGAUUUGUGGUAGUUCCUGUAUUCAAGAAACAUGAAGUUAGACAUUUUGACCUUCUGCCUUUUCUGUUUCCACUUUGAAGCCAGCUUUGUUGAUGGUGACUGCUCGUCCUGCUCCAAAAGUUGUAAAGAAAACCACAAUAUAUCUAUUCCUGAGGGGAUGGAUGGACUUCCAAGAAGAGCAGUGACAUUUCAUUGCCCCUUGACCGCCAGAGCUGUCGGGUUCCAUAUGAAACUGUUCAAAGGCCGCAACAGAGAAGAAUUAUGUACCUUCUACGCAGAGAACAGAACAGAAAAUUCUAGCACCAAGUCUUGCAAGCCAGUGUUUUCUGCUAACAAAGUAUCGUUUGAACUCAGAAAUUUAAGCAAGGAAGUCGAUACAUACACUUGCUGCUUAGAAACGCUUGUCCCAAUCUAUAGUUGCUGCAUUACGAACGAAACCUAUCUAUAUCAAUAUAUCCAAGACAUCCACGUCCAAGCUUCAGAAGAGUGUUUCUUAUCGGCAUUUCAGUCAUGGAUGCUCGUCCUUCUUGCUGCUUUCUCCACCGUCAGCUGCAUCUGCUGCUUCCUAUUCCAUUGCCUCAGAAGCACGGUUAGUGAUUCCCACAGCAUGCUUCAAAACCAUCCGUCCUCUUUCUGCGACGUCUGGGCCUUGAUUUAG